AUGACCUGGUUCUCCCGGGCGGCACCAAGCGCCGCCGACCCGAAGGGGGGGGCAGCCACCCCAGCGAGGGAAGGAGGCGGCGCGGGCCGUACCAAGCGCUCCCUCGAAAGGGGGGGCAGCCUGGCGAGCGCGGGCAGAGGAACGCGAUCAGCGUCAGCUCCCGUCGCCGCUCUAAAGGUGUGGGCCGUACCACGCGGAAGGUGUGCACGGGAGAAGGCGAGGGUGGAGCAAGGACCCAAUUGGUCCGAGGAGCUAAAUAAGGAACUUUGGAGACAGCCCCAGCGCGCCGAGAGCGCUACAACUGCGCGCGCCGUAAACAAGAGGGUGGAAACCGUCCCUAACCACUCCGCCCAGAAAUGGGGAAAACGAACCAAUGGGCGCCGGGAAUACAUGGCCCUGAUUCUUGCUUCGCUGAGAAGGCGUUUGUACAGAGUCCUGAGGCUUGCUGUUCCUGCUGUGGGAAGUUGGAAGACUAGAGCUCGGGCUGGCCGGCUGACCAGAGGAGAAGGGCUGUGUAUUAAAUGGAUGACAGCAUGCAAAGCUGAGCCGCCCCAGGGUGUGUUCGUCUCAGCUUUGCUGAAAGCCACAUUCUGCAGAGACUGGCCUGGUGCACUGGAAAACACAAUUUGGUACCAACGCUGUGGUGACACUCAGUCAACAGGGUCAUCUCCACAGAGACAGGACUGGAUGGGUAGUUCUCACAACCACAGUGGGGGAUGUGCCUGGAGAAGGCACUCAGGCAAGUUUGAUUUCCUCACAGAAAAAAAAUGUAGUUAGGUAGCUCCGUGCCUGGGGCUUGGUCUUAAGUCUCUUUUAAUGACCAUAAAUGCCAUAUUCAAGUCAGCUAUAAAGUAUAUCAUUGUACACUGUCCAGUAAUAAACUUUCGAAAUGUAAAUCAAUUAGUCAGAUAAUAAAGAAAUAGAUCCUAUAAAUUUUUAGUUAACUCUGUUAAAUUGUUUAGGAGAUUGCUCAGGAAGGGGGCUUGUGCAAGGGUGGGAAGUGUGAGGGUAGAGGGUCUGGAAAGGGCAGACGAUCUAUGGGCAGAAAGGGGAGGAGCCGGGGGACAGUAAGUUUCAGGGGGUGCCUGGCAUUACCUCACAACCGUGUGUCUCUGACAAAGAGCCCCCAGGAGAAAUUGCUGAAGGGUAAGCUGCUCUACCUGUAUCAUUUUUUUUUAUUAUUAGUUACUAAGGAUGAGCAUUUAUGUCCCUGAAAUAAGAAAUAUCAAAUAUGUUUACAUGCCAGACACAGACGAGACGUGGAAUUGCUCCCUUACCUGCCUCAGAUCCAUGCUUCACUGGGUGAAUCAACCAGACAUACAGUGACAAACCGACCCAAUCCAUCUACUCAGUCUACCCAGGACUUAGAUUUCUCCCCCUACCCUUGUUUUUUCCCAUCAUUUCUAGCCAUUUUUACUUUUUUUUUUUUAACCAAAUUGUGUUCUUGAUAAAGGAGUCAGAGAGCAAAGUGAAGAAAAUGGGGUUAUCUAAUUUGCCUUUAUCUGCCUCUCUCUUUGCCCCACCAGCAAGUAAAGUAACACAUAUUAGCAUUCCUUUUCCUCUGCUCCUCGUCUACCAGUCUGAGGUUCCUGUGAACCCCACCUUUGCGCCUCUGACUGUGUGGAAUUCACUGUGUCUUGAAUGCAGAGAGCUCUAUGGUCAAAAAGUAGAGGCAGAAGAUAGGAGUCCCAGGGCAAAAGUCCCAAGGCUGUUCUCUGGGCCACCCGUCUCCCUGGCCACCCAGUCUGGGGAGGGCUCAAGGCUGUUUAUGAGGCCAGGUCUGGAAGGGGGUGCGCAUCACUUCCGCUCCACUCCCACUGGCCGUAAUUCAGUCACUUAGCCAACUUAACUACAAGCUGGUAUGUCUACACUCCUGGAAAUAGUGUGAUGGAUCUGUGACACUGGCUCCGCCUGGGUGCCAGAGAACCCAGGAAAAGAGCAGAAAUUGGAAGCACAACACUUUGGAAGCCCAGGGUGGUGGGUGGGGCUCAAAAUUGGAGGAGUUGCUAAAAGUUUCAUAAGAUACGGUUGGACCCGGUGCAGCCAGGCACUUUUCCCCUCUCCCAGCCUAGACGAAAACGGGAGGUUUACCUUUGGAAGUGAACAGAGAGGCUCUGGACUUGGAAAUACAGGCAUAGCUAUGUGAGGGAGGUGAGGAACCCUAUGGAAAACUGUGAUAUUAAGUUCAAGCCUAAUGGCUGGGACUUGAUACUCCCCAGCCUCCUUCUCUCAGUCAGUCCCAGGACGCUGACAGUGACACUUGAACUUCCCAGGCAGGAUUCCUCUCUGAAGAAAGCAAACAGCCUAAGAGAAAAGACUUAUAGAUUCUUCUAGUGAAAUAGCUGGGCUCUGACCAUUAUUCACACUAAGUGAGCCCCACUAAGUCACAGAGAACUUCCAACGAGCUUUCUCGUGCCUCACUUUUAUGAACUUAUGAACAAGGAGAGACCCAAAUAUUACCAGGUAGAUAAAGUGAGCUCCUAACGUGAACAAUGAAGUCCAAAACAAACAAAAAGAAAAUGAACCCAGAUCUAAAGAGCAGAAGAAACAGGGGGAAAGCCACUAUUAAGUAAUAUCUUCAGAGAGAUGUGAGACCAUAUUGCAAAGCAGGAGAUGCUAGAGAAAAGGCAUGUCCCCGUGACAAAAAAGAGCUUUUGAAAAUUAAAAAUAUGAUAGACAAAGUUAAGAAUCCACUAGAAUAGGUGAAAGAUAAAUCUGAAGAAAUCGCCAGAAAAGCAGAACAAAGAGCAAAGAGAGGAAAAUUGGAGUGAAUAAAAUUACAGGAUUAAUUUAGGAGUUUCAUUAUCUCACUAAUUGGAGUUCCAGAAAAAUGAGAAAAUGGAUAGAAGAAGUUAUUAAAGAAUUUCCCAGAACCAAGGUCAUGAGUUGCCAUAUUGAAAGGGCCCACUGGGCACUCAACACAAUGAAGGAGAGGAGACUUGCACUAAUGCAUAUGACCAUAAAACCUCAGAACACCAAGGAUGAAAAGAAGGGCCAGAGAAAUUAUAGAGAGAACAGUCAAGUCAAAACAGAAGCUGGAAGACUGUGGAUCAAGGCCUUCAAAAUUCUGAGGGGAAAUGAUUUCUAAUUUAGAAGUCUAUACUUGGCCAGACUAUUAUUCAAAUAGGAAGAGUAACCACAGCUAACUCUUAAAUGGUUUAAGAAAAAAAGGCAUAUUCAAAUUAGAGAAAAGACAUGAGAAAUCAAGCAAAGCAGAAGUGUUAACCAUUGGUGAAUUGGUAAAGGGUACUAAGGAGGUGUUAGCAAUACUCUUCCAAGUCUUUAAGUUUGGAAAAAAAAAAACGAGAGGAGAAUAAAGGAAUUUUUAGGUGUGUAAAUUCUCCAAAGUUUAUCUCCAUGUCUACUGUCUUACUAAAUCACUGUAGUAUGAGGUGUGUUCCAUGCAAACAAAGAAGUGGACAAAGUGUAACCAUGCGAUCAAAAAAACAGAAUCCAACAUAGAAGAGAAGUGAAGGGUAAUCCUGGAAUGACAGUUGCCUAGUCGGUCUAGAGAGUAAACAGUCUAACCUGGAGCAGGAGGACCAAGACAGAAGGUUUAUUUCCAAUAAAACAUGCAAUUGACAGAUUAGCCAUUUGUCUAGUUUGAUCGUUCAGACAGAGAUUCCGGGAAUGAAUAAGUGGACAGGGCCCUAGAAAAUAGAACAAACCCAAAUUUGAGUUAAUUAUUAACUCCAGGAAAAAUGAACAAUUGCCCAAGAAAGGAAAUAUAAAUGAUGUGAUUCAGUCCAUGAACAAGAUUUAUAUGGACAUAUUAAUAUAAAAAUGAAUAUAUAUUAUAAUCCCAUUGGGAAUGAAGGGAGGGAAAUGGUGUGUGAAUGGAGGAUAUAAAAGUGAUCAUUCCUCAUCUUCUGUGGUAAGAAAUCAAUAGAUAAUGUAUUAAGUGGAAACAUCAAGAAGAGCAGUAGAAACCUGUUAUUUGGAAAUAGAUAAACAUGAGAAAAAAUGCUUACUAGUACUGAAGGCAGUUACCUCUGAGGGUAUCGAAGGUAGUGGGGAUCAAGUGGAUAUGAAUAAGCCUGCUUUUUUAUGAGUAGGGUUUGUCUGGGACAGUCUCCACUUUAUCCCUGAUAGUCGGGUAUCAUUUUGUUACCACUGCCCCUUUCACUCUCAAAAUUGUCCCAAUUUUGAAGUCUUGAAGCAUUAUUUGAUAUGGGUAAUAUAAUAUUAAAGAAAAUAAAAUAAAAUAAAAAGAGAGGGCUCUUUGGACCCUAAAUUAAAUAACCUCUUUUCAUCCAGCUCAACCAAAAACAUUGAUUUUUCUUUUCCUCUAAAAUUAAUUAUUUUAAACUGAAUACAAGCAGUAUGUCUGUUUCGCGAUCACAGCAGGGGACAUUCCUGGAUAAGGCACUCCCGCAAGUCUGAUUUUCUCACAGGAAAAAAAAAAUGUGGUUAGAUAGCUGCUAUAUUCAUUACCUCAUUUAAUUCUUACAACGGCUUCGUGAGGGUAAACAUCCAACCCCAUUUUAUAGGUGAUAAAAAUGAGGUUCAGGGAGGUUUUGUGACUUCUUAACAAGGUGACGCAGCUGGUAAGAUACUAGCCUACACUGGACCAGGCACUCUAAUUAUGGUUCCCUUGCUUUUGCCUCCGUAUCAAACGAUAAGGCAUCUCAGCCAUCCCAUGAAUGAACAGAAUCUGAGAUGUGAACUUGAGAGCCCAGGUUAACAGCCUUGUCGUUAGAAAAACAGAUUAUGAAAAACAAUAAAUAAUUUAAACAUCCUUUUGUCUUCCUGGUCUUUGAACAGAAAUUCUAAUUAAUCUGCCCAGUUAGGCAUAGCGGAAACUGAAGUCAUCCUCCUGGGAGGACAGCCCGCACCUCCCUCGGAGGCCCGGAGGAUGAAGCCCUGCUGUUAAAGCUCCA